CACAAGCAGAGAUGCCCGCAAGUGGUGCACCCGUAUCACCUGCGACAGCAGGUUCAAACUUUGAUCACUGCGUCCACUAUAUAUAAUUGGAUGAUCGGUUGAUUUAGAAAAAUAAAAUCAUACUCCUUUAGAAAAAUUGAUUAUAAGGCGAGAGCAUUUCGGUUGAGAAUAAGCCCAAAUAAGUUUCCCGAAACGUGGAUCGGGAUCAACACCAAGAACUGCAUUAAUAAUAAUAUCGUGAUGAAUUUCGUAAAGGUGUAUGUGUUUCGUGGCUUGAUGUUGUUCGCUCGUGAGAAGCUAGUGCUACCUGCAGCUCCGUAAUUCAGUUCUAGUGAAAAAUCCGCUUAGCCUAUCGGUCGGAGAUACAAAGAUAGAUGAUCAUGGAAGAUCAUCUGAUGUGCUUUUGAGUCGUGAAACUGUCACUGACAGAAGGUACACGAAGAGUGUAAGUCGUGAGUGCAACGGGUCGUCUUCGUGAAUUUUCGUGUGUAUUAUCAUGUCCUAAUGAGGGCACUUUCUAUGUUUUCGGUCCGCACGAUCGAUGGUGAGGCGCAUCUGGAUAUUCGUAGAGGUAGUAGACAUGAAAGUGUCCUCCGCCAGCAUCAUUUUAAUUUUGUGGAAAUAGUUACGAUGAAUUGGGUUAGGCGCGCAGGACCAACAGAAACAAGACGACUUGUUGUUUCACUGCCACAUUUCAUGUUCAUCCAAAAACGCGAUCGAAUUGAAAAUGUAUAGAGCAAACUAGAAACGAAGCUUUUUUCUUGUUAAGACGAAGACUUUGUCUUGCAGCAGGGGGAGAACAACACGACCACGCUGUGGUGUUGGUGUAAAUUGCUAGCGGUUUCAACGACGUGGUUUUUCCAGCAAAAAGUAUCUUCGUACACCAGUACUUAUCUUCCAAGAAAACAACAUCAAAAUGAAUUUCACCGCGGACUUCCUGUUCGCUCUGGUGAUGACCUCCGUCCUCCUGUGCGUCGACCUGUUCGUGGUCUUUGCGGCGGGGUACGACGCUGGUGAAGGACAAAAAUCUACGGCGGACAUCGCUGCGGAUGCGGAGUUUUUCAGCGAGCUGGCGGCGGAGGACCUCGCGGAGAGUACGGGCCUUGCGGCAGAAUCCGAGGGCACGGUCCUGGAGGUGAGCAACAUUUGGUCGAGCGCAAUGAAGACUCUCGGCGAACGUUGGAAAACCGGGAAGUGGCCGCAGAGGUCAACGAAUGGGUACACAGGUAGUGUCUUGCCGCGCGCCUACGACAAAACACAUGUCCAUCCGGAAAGGAUCGCAGCCCGCGACGAUCGGGGAAAAAUGUCAACUCCUAGGGCAGCCGAGCUCGUACAACUCCCACCAGAACAGCGGUGCAAAGGUGUGGAAGCCGAGGACGAGGAUGACUGCAAGUGCUCCUCGAAGGGCAGGUGCAUCUACAUCGGACAGCAACAAGAGGAAAUCGAGUGGCAAUGCGUAACCAAUGAGCAUUUAUUCUGCCACGCGUCGAGUGAUACUGAUGUAUAAUUGCGCGACAGUGAUUGGAAGAUAGAUACAAAACCGUCGUUUAUUUGACUCUUGGUUGUAAACCAACGCCUGGAGGAUAGAAAUGCAGUUGCUGGUGACAUGCCUUUCGUAUCAGCAGAGGUACAAUUAUCCACGAUUGGUCGUGCAAAUCCGCUUCCGCCGUAUCUACGGCAGAAGUCUAACAAAAUCUUGAUCAUUACGUCCACUGUGAUGCCAUGACAACAAUAUCAGG